AUGACACAGGAAGUUCCCUCUACCGAUCCGGCAGUCUACAACGCCUACAAGGAGAAAUGGGCCGUGGCACCGACUACUGCGCCCGAAUGGCUCACUCGGGCGCGCGAGGUGGCCGACGUGCUGGCCACGGACGCUGCCCUGCGUGACCAGGACAACAAAUCGCCCGUGGCGGAGGUGACCCUGCUCAAGCACUCGGGCCUGCUGAAGAUUCUGGGACCGACCAAGUACGGCGGCGGAGCGCAGUCGUGGGAUGUUGCCUGCAAGGUCGUGCGUGAGGUGGCCCGGGGUGACGGAUCGAUUGGCAUGCUCCUCGGAUACCACCUGCUGUGGUCAACAACGGCCAAUGUGGUUGGCACCCCCGAACAGGCGGACCGUCUCCACGAGCGAAUCCUGACCAACAAUUACUUUGUCGGCGCCGCGGUCAACCCGCGCGACGAUGACCUGAAGAUCACCCGCGAGGGCGACGAGAUCAUCUUCAACGGCUUCAAGGGGUUCACCACGGGCGGCGCCGUGUCGGACCUGAUGGUCCUCGAGGGAGUGCUCGAGGGCACGGAGCUCCACGUCUUCGCCCUGGUGGAGACCCGCCAACCAGGCCUCUCCUUCCUUCAUAACUGGAACAACAUCGGUCUGCGCCUGACCGAGUCUGGCAGCGUGCGCAUCAGCGAUGUGCGUGCUCCCUGGGCCGACGCGCUGGGCUACGACGCGGCGACGCAACAGCCACUGCCAGAGAUCCUCCUGAUCCAGUACCCUAGCAUCCUGCUCCCAACGCUGCAGCUCAUCUUCUGUAACUUCUACCUGGGCAUCGCGCGCGGCGCCCUCGAGACGGGCAAGGAUUACACCACCCGCACCACCCGUCCCUGGCCGUACGGUGGCGGUGAGACGGCCUCCACCGCGACGGACGAGUUCUACAUCCUCGAACGGUACGGCAAGUGGCUGGCCCACCUGCGGGCGGCGGAGGCCCUGGCCGACCGCGCCGGCGAGGAGCUGGCAACCCUGUACGCGCGCCACGCCGUCGACCACGCCGGGCUGACGGCCGCCGAGCGCGGCGAGCUGGCCGAAUGGGUGGCCAGCGUCAAGGUCGUGGCCACCGACGUCGGCCUCGAGGUCUCCUCGGGCGUCUUCGAGGUGACGGGCGCGCGCGCUACCUCCCGCAAGGUUGGUCUCGACCGUUUCUGGCGCGACAUUCGCACUCACACCCUCCACGAUCCUGUUGCCUACAAGCAGCGCGAAUUGGGGCGGUACCUGCUUCUCGGCGAAUAUCCGGCCCCCUCUUGGUACACGUAA